AAAGCCCUGGGCACUGCUGCAUCAUUAGCAGCCAGAGGGGAAUGUGCUAUAUCUAAGACUCUAGUUAGCAACACAGCCGGGUCUAUAAAAGGAGGGAUAGAAAGUGCCAUCUCGCCUCCACAUCCUGAAGACACAUGAGCAGGAGAAUGUUUGCGUUCCUGAUUAGUUUUUUGACUCUGCAGCAAGUGCACACUGCCUGCAUUGUGCAAGACAUUUGCACAGAAAACACAACGGUCCAGGCGCAGAUCGUUGGCCAUCACAAUGCCUUAAGGAGAGCAGUUGAGCCUACUGCUUCUGACAUGCUGAUAAUGAGCUACAGUGAGGAGGUAGCAGUCAGCGCUCAGGCCUGGGUUGACAAAUGUUAUCUGGCUCACGGAGCACCCAGCACCCGCAUGAUCAAUGGAUAUGAAUUAGGUGAGAAUCUGUUCUAUUCAUCCUCACCUUUCUCGUGGACGUCUGUCAUCAAUGCCUGGCACAGUGAGGUGUCACACUACCUGUACCCCAAUGGCUCCAUCACCGGACAAUCUUCUGGUCACUACACACAGGUGGUGUGGAACAGCUCCUACAAAAUUGGCUGUGGAGUGACAUUGUGCCCUAACAAAGUCUAUUUCUAUGGAUGCCAUUAUUAUCGAGCAGGAAACUUCAAGAGUUGGCCACCUUAUAAGGCUGGACCCCCGUGUGGUUCCUGUCCCGAUCACUGUGAAGACAAACUCUGCACCAACCCCUGUCCCUACAUAAACGAAUACAUCAACUGUCCGACUUUGAAAGAGAUGUAUGGAUGCGACAAUAAGGACGUGUAUGCCUGGUGUCCUGCUUCAUGCCAAUGCAAGACUGAAAUCAUUCCAAUAGCCUAAAAAUGAGCCCUUGAGUCUGCAGAGUGUACCUUAACUGUUCAGACUAUUUACAUCUGUGUUGGUUCUCUGUCUACAAAGCUACUGUAACUGUAAUCAAUUUAAGCUUAUCAUAUUAUACAAAUGGUACAAGCAAAGAACAUGUGUCUGCAAAUUUGGUUUAGUACUGAUUGCUUUAAGUUUGAGUGAUGUUUUGGGAUUGUUUUCAAAUAUUAAUCUCUAAUCAAAAACCCCUUGGGACACUUCAUCAGAGUUUUCUGAAAUAUUCAUAGUGUUGCAUGCACAUCAUGUUGGAUUUCACUUAGCCUGCAGCACCAUGAAGGAUGGCAUAUUCUGCACUUAGGGGAACACUGUCCCAUUCAACGUUAUGAACUACAGAAAUGUGUCAGCAGAAGCAGGAAAUACAGUUUUACUGUUAAUCCACCCAAACUCAAGAUAAUGUAAAUCAAAAAUAUGAGUUCCACACAUAAUCAUACAAUACAUUAAAAAUUAA